AUGUUCCAAGCCCCCAUGCUGAUUUUUAGCCUCGGGCAGUCACACUGGGUGGAUGCUACCUCUGCCAUCCCCACUGAUGCUGAGAGUGGGAAUAUGUUGUGUAGACAUAUGAUUUUUUACCCAACAGGUCACAGUCGUGGCAGCAGCCGAGACUAUGGAAAUGGCUGGACUUUUGGUUAUGAUGAAGCUCUAGGAUUAGUGCGCUAUGCUGGGAUACGUGCUCAUCAGCAACCCAUCACAGUCAUGACAUGUGAUCGCACAAGACUCAUUACAGGUGCACAUGAUCACACUCUUAAGGUUUUUAGUAUGGAUGACGGUAGUGCUUUGUUCACACUACAUGGACAUUGUGGUCCCAUCACCUCAGUAUUUGUGGAUGGCAGUCUAGGUGUGCUGGGGAGUGACGGAGAUGUCACAGUGGAUCUCGGCGUAGGAGCUAUCAUUGGCAGUGGGUCACAAGAUGGAAUGCUGUGUGUGUGGGAAGUUGUAACAGGAGCAUGCGUUUAUAGAGAACUGGAACCCCAAGGAAGGAAUCUUAAAGACACAGUCACAUUUGAGAUUCAUGACUUCCACGCUAUGACAAGGAUGUGA